ACACACAUACGCGCGCGCGCAGGUACGAAGCUGCCGUCAGUCGUCCCGCGCCCGUCGCCCGAGCGCCCGCGUCGUCGUUUCGUGCAAUAAAACCGGCCCGAAUGCCGGAGAACCAGUCGGCGGGAUGGCGAGUCUCGGCGUGCUAGUAGCGCCAUGUUGAAACACACGCAGCGGCCGCCAGCGGCUAACGAUGCCGACCAUCGCUACCAGAACAUGCCGCGGCGGCCGCACCACCACCUGCCCCUCAACGUGUCAACCCUGGAUUCUUCGAAGCACUCCGUCGGGGGAACCUCGGCGAGCGUCAGCCCUGGUGGUGCGCAGCCGGCGACGACUGCCGCCCCAGUGUCAGUCGUCUCCCCCAUACCGGUUGCGUCUCCCCCGAAGCUCGCGAAUGGCAAUGCGACUGGCAUCCCGCCGCCUCGGCCGUCGACCGCCAGGAACCGGAGCACGAGAGCGGCCACCGAGGAGGCCUUGACUUCCCUAGCCUUGUUGUGCCUCGUCAGCCUGCUGCUGGCGUUGCUCGCACUCUUGUUCUUGCUGAAGAUAUCCGCGCCCGCGACCAGUGCUCCCGAGGAGUUUGCAGUGGUGUACGAAGUGACACUUGCGUUGUGUGCGUUGACGCUUUCAUUGAAUCUUUGCUGUUUGCUCGUGUGUGCAAUACAGUUCCUCUUUGCUGUGAAAUUGGUGCACUCGCCAUCAGCUCCCAAUGGACGAUCUAACAAAUACCUGCAGAAGUCUGCCAUCACGAGAGUGUGUGCCGUCGGGGGUUUCUUUAUAUCCAUACCGGUAUUCUUAACAGGCAUAAUACUCUACACUUUCAUACAAUUCCAUUCGACGCCAGCGAUAGUGACGUCAGUCUUCAUAGGCGUUGGAAUCAUCUUUUGCGGCUGCGCAAUGGUACACAACGUCUUUGUAUGGCAGAAGGAAAAAACGAAUCUCGUAAAAGCGUUUCGAACUCAAGAACUCAAUACAACCACAAACACUCAGAACUUAAAUGCGUCUAACGGUGUUAUAAUUGGGAAUGGACAUUUGAAUAAUACUGGAAUGGGGAACUUGAGUUUCCAUAGCAUGACAGCCGGUGGUGCGUAUACGCAUCCCAUCACGUUACUGCAACAAGGAGGUCCUUAUAUUAUAAGACCUCCAACAAGCACUCCUCCAGGCGAAGGAGCAGCUACUCCAGGCGUCCCAGCCGCUACCAUCGACCUGAGCCACGACACGCACGAACUCAGCACACUCGUAUGAGCCGCGACGUGUCCACACGAACUUACGAACAUGUAACAUCAACACUUCGAAUAACUGUUAUGUUAUUCGAAUUAUUCGAAGCGUUGAAUUUAUGCGAAAAAAUGCAAAAUGAUGUUUAUAAAUGAUUGUCUAAAAAAGGGAAUUUGUGAUGCAAUUUAUGCAGUUUUUUAAAUAUUAAACCGUAAUUAAAUUUUAAUGAAAUUAUGACUAUUGAUGUUUCGUAUGGAUAUAAUUUUAAUUAGAUUCCAAUCAAUACCUAUUUUUAUUUAAAGAAUAUAAUCGCAAAAACUGUGUAACAUAAAUUAAAUACAUACUCAUAAACAUCCCUUGAAACUAAUAGUUCCAAUAUUUAGCGAUAUGUCGACUUUAUCCGACUUGCCAAUUCUAUUCCAGUCAAUUUAUGCGAAUUGACGUUAUUCGAAGAUGACAUGUGACUGUCAAAUUCUAGCGUGUGUGCGUGUCUUAAAAGCGGGAGUUUGUUCGAGUGUCAGAGAACUGAAUGUGUUUUUUAUGAAUUAAUUUAUAAUAUUUUGUUCCGUUUGUUUUGAGAUAUUCAGAUGCCAAGAAACCGAUGAAAUGAUAAACUAUAAAUAAUUGCUAAAUUUAAUAUUUUUUAAAUUAUUGUUAUUACAUCAUGUCUGAACUUAUAAUAUUUACAGGGUUAUUUUAUUCAGUGGCCGGCUUUUAAAUUACAUAAUAUCAAAAACAAAAUAUUGAGCAUCUAAAAAUCUCAAGACAAAGGAAUCACAGUAUUCAGCCUAAGCUGAUUUCUACUCAAGAGGGCCAUAAUAUGCCUUCAACACUGUUCUUUUGUAUAUUGUGGUAACUGUAAAUAUUGUUUCUUUAGUUUACGUUUUAAAAAAUGCCAUGUUUUUAUUUUAAUUAGUUUUUAUAAGAAUCUUCAUUACUGUCCUUGUAAAUUAUGAUUAGUCGAUAAAAGUGUAAUCGAUUUCUCAAUUUAUAAAUCAAAUCAUCAAUCGUUCAAAGAACUUUAGUGGAUAAUUAACUUUCAGAGUUAAUACAUUCAAAGUUUCACAAUCGAGAAAUUUUAUUUGCACAAGGUCGGAUACAUGCGAUAUCGAUACUUUUAAUUAAUCGACUAAAAUAAAUUAAUGGCGCAAGAUCCAUUAGAGAUGUCAAUUCUUUUUUUAAGUUGAGUAAUUGAGGCAAAGGCAAUGACCGAUCUGAGAAUUAAACGCGCGAUCUUACAAACUUCAUAUGUGUACCGGUGUACACACUUUUGAAAGUUCUAUUUACAUGAUUAUUGUAAAAUGUUUAAAAUAUUCGUAAUAAUUGUUAUUUUUAUAAUUUAUUUUUUCUUUUUACAUUAUUUUUGACAGUUUUAAUACGAUCCUGGACGAGAUAAUUAGCACUAAAAAGUAAUUUGAGUGAUGUAGCCAAUAGUUUUAAAAUAAAACCCACCAAUCUGAACAUAGAAAAAGUCAUAAAAUAAAAAAUACACUCAAAAUGUAUAUUUGUACAUAGUGAUUUAACACAUAAAUCAGGAGGCAUAAAUUUAUUUAUUAUUAUUUUCUUUACUGAUAACAAUUUCUAUUUUUAUUGUAGUUCAUUUUAUGUGAGACUAAAAAUAAAAAAAAUUUAAUAAAAGAAAA